UACGAUGAUCUACACCAUAAACCCUUUUGGUGAUAGAGCACCUGAACCCUGGGAGAAAGUCGAAACUCAAGACAAACCAUGCGACGUGUGCACGUUCUACAGAAUGUCGUUUAUUAACGAUGCGGAAAUUUGUUCUAAUGUAACUUUUGACAAAACAGAGAUCUUAAACGGAUACAAAUUAGGUGUCGGGAUUUAUCCACCUAAGUUGUUACGAAAAACAGAAGUUUUCUUUGAAAAUUUAUAUUCAGCUAUGAACAUGACUCCUGUUCAUCCGCAUAGGGGAAGUGGAUAUUUAAAUAUGAAUUCUGCCGAUCCAUGGCUAAUUGACAAUUUAAUGAAGGGAUUUCACAAUAUCAUACCUUACUUUGAGCAAGGAGGAUACGUGAUAGUGACACAAAAACAAAGUUUUGUUCCAACUCUCGAUCAAGUUAUUGACAGUUUUUUCACUCGGGAAAGAAUAGUCAUGUCAUCAGUUAUUUUAUUGGUUCUUUUUUUAAUGAUGUUUCUCAACAACCGGUACGAUUUCGGUGCGACCGUUUUAGAUCUCGUAGCGUUUCUUCUCGACAUGGGAAUAUCGACUCCAAUUCUUCGACUUUCAAUGCGUGUUACGUUCAUGAGCGCAACGUUAUUCGCACUGAUUUUCAAUCCGGUGUUACAGGGGCAAGUGAUUUCUCUCUUGAGUAGACCCGGACAUAGAAAUAUCCAAAGUUUGAAGGACUUGAUAAAUCAUGAUUAUCGCGUGUAUUUCCGUGCUCAGGAAAUCACAGAAAAAUUGCGUGAAAAUCGACCAUGGGAUGAUGAUGCUAUGGUCCACUUUUGGGAUAUGUUGAGUCGAAACGUAAGUCAAGAUGAUUGUCUGUCAAAAGUUAGAAACAAUUCCUCUGCUGCUUGUAUACUUGACUAUUCCGAACUCGAACACAUUGACCAGAACUUACACUAUUCGAAAGCAUUUUCCAAUAAAUAUCGGGUCUUCCUGACUGAUAGACAUUUCCCAUUAAAUGAGAGAAUCAAUAAGAUUGCACUAAAAUUGUUCGAAACUGGUCAUUUGAAUUAUGCUGAGAGACGUGAGUUUCAUAAGAUUUUGUUGGAACGAAAACGAAAAAUUGAACGAAUUAAGGAAUUGAUAAAACAUAAUCAACUCGAUCUCGAGGAUUUUGAAUUGAUUUACAUUACGAUGACACUCGCGACAGCUUGGGCGAUUCUCAUUUUUGGUAUCGAAGUUUUGAUAAAAAAAAUAGUAACUUUCUUAGAUAAACGUGCGAAAGAGUCAGAAAAACGAAAAUUGAUGAUCAGAGAGACAAUCGCGUCUACCGUUAGACGAAUGGCCAAUGUCACGCAACAAUUGUAA